AUGUCACGACCGGCAUCGGCCAGAGCCUCCAGCGGUAGCAUUAUCAUUAACAACGAGGAGAGGAGACGAUCCGUCCUGCCUACUCAAAGUCAAUUUAAAUCCUGCGGACUAAGCGAUACGCACUCUGAGGAUGAGGUGAAUCUGCUGCCAGCAACCCUGCGCCGUGCCAGCCUCGCAGCCCAUAACCUACGGCGUAUCUCCAGCGUUUUUAAAAAGGAUGGUCCCAGGGAGUUCCUGCGAGCGGCUCUAGGCGAUCCCAACCGCGAGUACUACAAAAAGCUGGCGGGUGAAAAUGAGGAACUCAGCACUGAGUGGAAGCGCCUCAAAGGUUACCUGAAAACCCUGGCUGAUGACUAUGCCAGCUGCAAGUCUGUGGAUCCAGUGAGGCGAUACAAGCUCCUGCGAGCCAUGGUGAAACGCAUUGUUCUCCACCUGCAGAUCAUCGAUCCAGCUCCGGGCAUUCAGGCCGCCUUGCCGGGCGGCGGAGAUCAGCUGAUUUGCGGAUCCGUUCUGCGCAGUUCAGUCCGCAUGCAGGAAAUAAAACAGAAGCAUGAAAAAAUGUGCAAUUGUGAGUGA